AGUAAAUUAGAACCAUUUUUGUAGAAACUGACAUAACAUGAGAUAAACUAUUAAAAUAAACAACAUACAAUUAUUUUAUGACACUGGGACCUCAUCAGGACAUGAUUCUAUCACUUUUAUGAGGUUGUUGUCAUUGCCUCAAACUCGAUGCACCAAUAGUAGCAGAUAAUCAAAUUAUUCUAAUUGCCAAUUGUUUCAUCAAUUAAUUAACUUAAGUCUAUAGUAGUCCAUGGGCCAAUAACAACAACAUUAACAAUACCAUUGCACUACAAGUUUAACCAAAACAUUGACACUAUAUCCAAAAUAAACAUGGAUUGUAGAAUUUUAUGGAUACUUCUUCAGGUUCUUGCAACUGGUUUAUUUUCAGAUGAAAAAGAAAUAAAUAUAUCAAAUGUACAAGAAACAAAGGAUGAGCUUCAGGAGGAUGAACUGAAAGUAAUGUUCAAUAGUGAAGAUGAUGAAAAAGGGAUUAAAGGGAUCAAUGGAAAUAUUGAGGCAAAAUCAAAAGUGGCAAAGAUAAGGGACUCUGGGACAGGAGUCAGUGUAUGGUACAAUAACACAAACAUUGUACCACUAGCACGCAAAAGAAAAGUAUACAAACGGCUCACAAAGGACCUAGAGAUGUUUCUGCAUGGUCAGCGUUUACGCGAUCGGCUUGAAGUUUGGAAAACUUUGGCAAUCAUGCAAAAAAUUAUUGCCACCAUUAUGGGGCGCCCAGAGAGUAGGUUUAAUGUGGAAGAAAGUGACCUCUAUGAAGGGGAUGUUGUACUCAGAGUUGAAGAUCUUUUAGAUGAGGUCCAUAACCUUGAAGAGAACUUUGAAAUAAUUGCUUCUUCAGUUACUAGAAAAUUUGAAACAUCCCAGACUGACCCAAUAGAUAAUGCAAGGAAUGAGCUGAAAAAAUUGAAACAACGACUUCAAAGACGAAGCCAAAAGCACUCAUCAUCAAUGCGCAGAAACAAGAGAUCAAUACUAACAAAGAAUUCUCCAAGGAAGAGAGUGUACACCUACAGAAUCUCAAAGAGUUAUAACACCAGUGAAACAGAUCGUAUUGUACAAGGCAUGGUGGGGUGGGCAAACCAUACUUGCCUCUCUUUCAAACCAUGGGUUAGAGGGAAAAAACUGGAUCUGUUUUUCUUCAGAGGGAGAAAAUGUAGCUCCCCUAUUGGAGUAAAGGGUACCAACAGGAUCAGCUUGGAUACAGGGUGUCUCACACCUGGCUUGAUUCAACACGAAAUAGGGCAUUCUCUAGGUCUGAUACACCAACAUAGUCGGCCUGAUCGUAACACACAUAUUAAAAUUUUAUUUUCCAGAAUUCGUCACAAGUUAUCUCCAUUUGUAAAAAGCUCAUGGACACGUACAAAUCCUUUCGGUGUUCCGUAUGAUUUAUCCAGUGUCAUGCACUACCCAUCUGCUGCAUUUGGAAUCUCGCCAAGAACCAUCACCAUGGAGACAAUUGAUAAGGAAAAGAGGGGAGUUAUUGGUCAAAGAAAUGGGAUAAGUUUCUGGGAUGCCCGAGUGAUUAACAUGUACUAUUGCUCCAACCAAUGUGUUGUAGGAGGCCUAGAUGCUGGGGACUGUAAUAACUAUGGUUAUCUCCACCCUGGCAAUUGCCAGAUUUGUCUUUGCCAGGAUGGAUGGUCAGGGACUAGAUGCUCUAGCAUACAAGAAGGCUCACCAGAACCAUGUGGUGGGGAGGUAGUUGCUAUGGAACAACCACAAUUCCUUAACUCCCCUGGCUUCAAUCAAACUAACUACACACAUGGUCAGCAAUGCAGCUGGCUUAUUACUACAACCCCUGGUGAUGUCAUUUUGAUGAAAUUUAUUGACAAUUUUGGCAUCAUCCCACCACAAGGCACACGAGUGCGAACAUGUGAGGACUAUGUAGAAAUCAGAUACAAACAUCUCGCAACUGUUGGACCAAGAUUUUGUGGGAGUACAAGACCAACACAGAUAUUUAUAUCUCACAGCAACAGAGUGAUGGUUCUCUUCAGGGCCAACAACCCUAUCACCACCUCAGGGGACCAGGGGUUCAAGCUGGAGUACACCAGGGUCAGGUGUGGCGGUUGCACAAGUACUCUCCCAAUUUCUCAGCCUGUUUGCCAAAGGACAACACAACAUGACUGCUCGGUUCAGGUCAGAUAUGCUUCACAAUUUAA